AUGGAUGUGGUAACUUCGGACUAUUUGUGCCAUUCUUGUUGUGCCAAAACUGUUUUGUUCACUGUUCAUUCAUCAACAACUCCCACGAGUUCCGGUAAACACAGGGCCAACUGUUUACUGGUAGACCAACAAGCCAACACUUCAAUAGGCCAACAGUCCUACAGGCCAAUACGUCAUCAGACCAACAGUCCUACAGGCCAAUACGUCAUCAGACCAACAGUCCUACAGGCCAACACGUCAUCAGACCAACAGUCCUACAGACCAACAAGCCAACACGUUAAUAGGCCAACAGUCCUACAGGCCAACACGUCAUCAGACCAACAGUCCUACAGACCAACAAGCCAACACGUCAAUAGGCCAACAGUCCUACAGGCCAAUACGUCAUCAGACCAACAGUCCUACAGGCCAACACGUCAUCAGACCAACAGUCCUACAGACCAACAAGCCAACACGUCAAUAGGCCAACAGUCCUACAGGCCAACACGUCAUCAGACCAACAGUCCUACAGGCCAACAAGUCAACAGGCCGACACGUGUGUCAAUGUAA